CCUCGCACUAGCAAACAUGACCCACAUUCGCACAAUUUCCGGGAAUCACGGUCGCCGAGACUUGUAAAGUCGCAGUUUCGCUGUGUGGUAGAGUUAGACAGUUGGACACGAUCGCAACAGUUUUCACUGACGGGAAAUUAAAGAAGAGGUUCGUGUGACAGAAUGACGACAUCAUGACAGGAGACGCAGGAAGUCGGGGGACACUCAGGGCCGUCAUCCUCCUGGUGGCAUUCAGCUACAGCCUUGCAUUCUUUUUCAACAAUGGAGAAGUGCGUCCUAUUAAUCCAAAUGGAUUUAUUAAUGAGACCUUGACCUUGAACUGUACCGUGACCUCAGACAGUAUCCCUGGCAACGUUUCUGGAUCACUGUUCUUCGUUAAAGAUUUUGAAGAUGUGGAGAAGGUUCUUCCCAUGCAAUACAUCACCCCUCUAGGUGACCGAGCCAUCCAACUCGACUUCCCCAUCAUGUCAGACAUUCAUCAGGGGAGCUACGUCUGUAAAUUGAACAAGACGGAUGGAAGCAGUAUCAUCAUAGGUAGUCAAUACGUCAGCGUGGAUUAUCGGACCAAGAAGGUGGAGAAGAUCGACUGCCGUGUGUUUGACUGGAGGAACAUGACCUGCACUUGGGACCUGGGAGUGGACUAUAUAAAUGAAAAUCGGGUUAUAGUUGAGCUUCAGUGGGCAAUUCUUGAAUCUCCAAGCGUCUGCCCCCACCAGACGAUGACGUCAUGCAGCUGGAAGGAAAACGAUGCUGAGGAUUCUUACAAACCUGAAACAUACUUCAUGAGAGUCAAUGUUACAAGAUAUGACAAUGACAAAUUUGUAAACAUAAUCGAUGAAGCUCUAUCCAACUACACAAUAGUGGACACUUUAACACUAGUGGAACCAGCUCCUGUGUAUUCAUUGACUGUAGCAAACAGGACCAGCAUGUGUUUGUCUCUACGGUGGAACCAUGGGCAACAGUUCAUGAGGCGCAUGAUGUACACAAUGCACGUCCUGCAGAAACAGGGUUCUGUCUUAAAGUUCAACACCAGUGAAAGGGAGGUAACUGUGUGUGACCUACAUCCUGCCAGGACAUACAAGCUGCAAGUGUCGUGUAUCCCAUUACAAUAUCAAUCUAAUGAAACUGAAGGAUUUUACAGUGACUGGACCUCCAUAGAAGCAGAAACACUGGAAGACGUGCCAAGUGGUGUUCCAGGAACGCAGAUCGGAAGCUUUGUUUACAGUGACUGUAAUCAGACACAAAUCUGUACAGUGACCAUCUACUGGAAGCCAAUACCCCUGGAAGAGUCCAAUGGGAAGAUAACUCUGUACAAAAUACAGCAGAAAGACACACAGAAUGGAACUAGGGAUGUAGCAGGAUCGGCAACGUCCUAUGACCUGCUGGUCGGGAAAGACCGAGAGUAUAGCAUUACUUUGAGAGGAGGAACACAGGUCGGCAUGUCAGGAGAGUCAAACCCUAUUGUGAUUCCUGCUUAUAACAAAGUGUCCCACCCCUCGGACAUCAUGGUGGAGGCAGACAGCUCCACCCUGUACAUCACCUGGGGGGUCCCACCAGGGUCACAGGACCCCCACCAGGGGAGGGUCACAGGCUACACCCUGUACUACUGCAAUGGGUCCAAGAUCACCUCGAAAUGUCUGGAUAGUAUUCAUUGGUUCCCAUUUCCCCCUGGGGUGUUCGGGUAUGAAUUGAAGGUACCUGAUGGUAACCUUGACAACAAGAUCAUUGGUGUAUCUGUAGAGAAGGAGGUAGCCAAUCAGACAGUCAGCAGUGGCUUCAAAUGGAGCUCCUGUGUAUACCAAAGAAAUCGGAUUCCCCUGGCGCCACAAAGUGUCAACUUCACCCAGGGCCAGCCAGACAAUGCCCUGAAUGUGGAGUGGAAGAGGUUGGACUGUGUCCAGGACCCUGUGUACAUCACCCACUAUGUCCUGUCUUACUGUGCCGUCCACCAACAUGGUGGAUGUAAAGGUGCGUCAAUGCAGGUCAAUGUGUCCAACAGAAAGGAAAGUCAGGUCAUCCAGGGUCUGUCAGCAGGAGUGAAGUACAGGGUGACACUCCGAGCUGUGUCCAGGGCAGGGGACGGGCCAGAGAGUGAAGCCAUCACCAGAGUUGUUGUUAAUAGUGAUUUAACAGGAGGAUCAAUUGCAGGCAUCGCUAUUGGUGCAAUAUUUGGGUGCAUUGUCAUACUUUCUCUUGUGAUCUGCUGCAUAAGGAAAGUACGCAGGACAUACAAAAAUUUGCCAAUGGAUAUCAAACUGCCAACAUUAGUGCAGGUUGAUGAUGACAGGCAAGUUUCUGAUAAGGAAAAUAAUAAUAAUAAAGAUCUGAGGAAAGAAACACCAAUAUCUACCAAAAAGAAUAAGACAGACACCAGCAGAAGCAUCUCGAGACUAAAAGGUAUACUGAAUCCCAAAUCAAACCUAAGAUCUGAGGACAUCUGUGAAAAACCUGUAAAAGACCUUGAAAUUGUUCAACAGAAGCCACUAUGUAAUCAAGUGAAAAUCCCAUGUUCAGGCGAGUCCACAGAUUCUGAGUGUGACAAGAGCAAGACAUCCCUGUCGGAUUCAACUGGGGUUUUAAGUAGUCUGGAGGACAGCUAUCUGAAGCUUGGUCUCUCGGGCAACUCAGACUCCGCCAGACAGGAUGCUGGCAGUAAUUACAUUACAAGGGACAAACUGUCGCUCCUGCUAGGAAAGACCACUCCAUCUCCUUGUGAUGCCCCAUUUGACGAGUCUUCCCAUUCCUCGGGGCAGGACACAGCAUCAAGCCCUCCUCCUCCAUAUGAACCACCUCCAUCUCCUGAUGACCAGAAGUUGGAGACCCCCCCACCAACCUACAGCUCCUAUGUCUCAUCAUCCCAGGCAGAUUUCUCAUCGGCUUCCAAAGAGAUGUUUCCUUCAUGCACCAACUCUCAUCCCCUCUCAACAUUGUUGGAACAUCAGUCAUCCUCUUCCUCUCCUAGUGAUGUCCCCAACGACCAAACUCAGCCUCAUGGAGAGUCUUCAGGUCCCCAAGGACUCAACAUAGCCCCCAAACCACAAAGUGAAACUGACAGUCCAUACAUCCCUUUGGACAAAGUUCCACCACCUCCACCACCUGAGGAACAGAAGACCGUUUCACCUCCUGCUGAUGGAUAUGUGUCUGUGUCAGAUGCCUCGCAGAUGAUGAUGAACAAACCGGGAUCAGAAAAACCAAAAGAUUUUUGCCCAACAGCAGAAUCAGGAAACUAUUGUAAAAUUGGUAUCAAUGGCAGUUUGAGCCAACUUUCCAACAGUGACUAUAUCUCCCAGACUGAUCUUGUGAACCAGACUGCACUGUCCAGUAAUUCCAGCACAGUGCAGGAGAUGACUACCACCCUGUAAGGAGUGCUGGUAUUCCAAUAUAUGGCAGCAGAGUUUGGAAGGGACUGUUUUAACCAUCUUGGCCUCAACUAUUUUACAUUUGUGAUUUUUUAUUCAGGAACACUGGGACCAUGGUUAAUAAAUUGAUGUUACUCGAGGAUUUUGCCUGAACAUUUACACAGAAACGUCCACAUGAUUGAUGUUGUUGUAAUUUCUUUGUCAUUGGAACUUUCCCACGUCAUCUUCAACCUUCAGUCCAUGCAUCAUCUGGACAGUUACCUACUUUGAUUCAAUCAUCUGGACAGUUACCUACUUUGAUUCAAUCAUCUGGACAGACACCUACUUUGAUUCAAUCAUCUGGACAGAUACCUACUUUGAUUCAAUCAUCUGGACAGACACCUACUUUGAUUCAAUCAUCUGGACAGUUACCUACUCUGAUUCAAUCAUCUGGACAGACACCUACUUUGAUUCAAUCAUCUGGACAGUUACCUACUUUGAUUCAAUCAUCUGGACAGUUACCUACUUUGAUUCAAUCAUCUGGACAGUUACCUACUUUGAUUCAAUCAUCUGGACAGACACCUACUUUGAUUCAAUCAUCUGGACAGACACCUACUUUGAUUCAAUCAUCUGGACAGUUACCUGCUUUGAUUCAAUCAUCUGGACAGACACCUGCAUUCAUCCAAUCAUCUGGACAGACACCUACUUUCAUCCAAUCAUCUGGACAGACACCUGCAUUCAUCCAAUCAUCUGGACAGACACCUACUUUCAUCCAAUCAUCUGGACAGACACCUACUUUCAUCCAAUCAUCUGGACAGACACCUACUUUCAUCCAAUCAUCUGGACAGACACCUACUUUCAUCCAAUCAUCUGGACAGACACCUACUUUCAUCCAAUCAUCUGGACAGACACCUGCAUUCAUCCAAUCAUCUGGACAGACACCUGCGUUCAUUCCAGAUCAGUCUCCAUGUCAGCCUCCAAGUGCGAUGCCAAGUCUCAUUUGCUAAAUGUUUCUCGAUAGACCCGAUGACAUGAUGGAUAGGGUCCACUAAGGGAUUAUGUGAGUGGUCAUGCAAUCGUUUGGAUUAAAGGGGUUUCACUUCAUGUUAUUGAAUUGUACAUAAGGCCAUGCUCUGUGUCUGUGUUUUGAUGCAUAGAUCUGAGUUAAUGGGAGAAGGAUGGAGCCAGCUUGAUAUUACACUGAUGGCUGACUGGUCCUGACCACUCUAUGAAAUGUCUUAUCCAUGUGAUAAUUUUAGAUGGUCCUGCUUGUACAACGCUAAAAACUAUUUCAUUGGAGAAAAGGUAUUUUGUGUCACUUGUUUCUAGAUGGUUACACAAGAACUCUUCCACAUGCAUGUCAAUGACAUGAAUUGACAUUACAUAUGUCAACAUGAUCAAGGAAACAGCUGUCGAAAAAAUGACACAUAUUAUUUGUUCAUCUCUUAAUUCAUUUAGGAUCAGCAGAGCUUAAAACCAAUAAAAUAAAAAUGUUUUCACCUUUUGAACUUAAAAUUUUCACCAAAUGCUUAAAUAUCACAAAAAUGGGUUCAAUGGGUUCUUUUCGGCUCACUGGAAUGUUUCAUUUAAAAGUUUAUUCUCAAAACUUUAAAAUAUGGUAGAUAUGUUCCUUUUUUUUUCUUUCUUACAAUUUUUAGAUUUUUACUUCUGAAAUGAUGAAAUACAUAAACAUUGCAAAAGUCAGCUUGGGCUACAGUCUUGCUCAUGUGAAAUAUUAGAAAAGGACAUUUUUUGACACAUUUUUAGCUUUACCUAUGCAAUUAUUAAUGUUAUAAGCCUCAAACGUGCAAUUAUUGAAAUCAACAGUCUAACUCUCAUUCAUAUGUUGACAUAUGAUAACUGUCAUGGUCUAGAAAAGUUUUGCUCAUUUUUUAAGUGGGACAGAAGACAGGGUAGGGUAAGGGCCCUUUUGGGCCCACUUAAAAAAUGAGCAAAACUUUUCUAGGCCAUGUAAUAAUAAAAAAAUUGCAUCUUGGAAAUAUCACCAUAUGUAUGCUGAUCAGGUAAUACAAGUGUGAUAAUUGCCUAAUGUUGGGUUUAGGAAAAAUGUUUUCAAAUAAUAACUGACUUUAACAUUAUAAAUUAAAUCCAAUUUUAAACAUGAUUUAGAUACACAACCAGAAUGCAGGGUACCAAUAUGUCAUAAGGAAAAUAAUUUUGUAUUCCCCAAUAAACCAACAUGAACCAACUUCUGUUGAAACACCAUGGCGGAAUGUAGGAAAUUUGUUGAGGAUGUUUUCAGUAAGGGACAUUAAACAUGUUGGUUUUUAUUUUGUCUGUCUUUUGAAACAAGGCCCUGAUUUGUUAGUGUGUCUCUUGAAUUUAAGGAUUUUACCUUUAUGUGAUAUUGUUUUGUUCAUAUAACAUGACAUUUGGUUCACAUAAUUAACAGAUACUGUUAUGGUUUUGUUUCAUUUCAAACAUACUUUUAGUGUCACAUAUCUGCAAUUUUUGGCAUUUUGAACAAAAUCAUGGAGCCUAACUGGCGGAUCAACAGGAUUUGGGGUGAAGCGAUGUUCUUUUUUUAGAUACUUUACACUUUAACUGCACUCUCGUGACUUGGGUUUUAUAGGGACCCCCACUCUUGCAAAUCUUGGAUCAUAAGAUGUGGAUCAUAAGAUGUGGAUCAUAAGAAUGACAUGCUUACAUGUUUCUUUGUUUAUCUCUUUUGUAAAAUUUGGAGUAUUAUAAAAAAUCUGAUGGGUCCGGUGUACUGAUAUGAAACUAUUGGAUUAUUUGUCAGUUAUUGAUAUUGUUUUGUUUUUGUAAAUACAUUAUCAAUAUACUUUGUUGAUGGAGUAGACUUUACAAAUAAAAUGUUUUUGGUAUUUUAGACACAAACUUAGUAUAAAUGGAUUUAAACAUUUUUGUGAUAACCCUGAAGAUAAAGCAUGGAAGAGUUACCACGGUAACAAUGUCCAACAGGUUGGAAUAAGAAGCGAAUGAGUGGGACUGCUGAAGUCAAUCUCCAUACUACAAUCAGGGAAAUGAUUUAAAGAACAUUUUUUUAAUAAUAUGUUUUGAUAUGUAUACACUUAUUUUGUGAUGAAGGACACUCAGAUGGGAAUACAAUCCAAUAUGUAAAUAUAUUAUAUCUAUGUUGAAUGUCAAAAGUACAGUUAUGUAAUGUAUUGUUAUUCCAAUACAUGUUCACUUUGACAAUUUUGUGUUCCAUGUAUGACUUUUAAACAUAUUGUAAAAAUAUUUCUUAUUCAAGAGUGAAGCAAAAACAAUAACAACUUCUUUUUUUUAAAUUACUAACUUGCCCUUAUAUUCUUAUAUACCUCUUCACAGAAACGUCCAUGUACAGAAUGAACCUAAAUGUCUUUCUAAUUUCUUCCUUUCACAGGUAUACAAGCAUUUGUAUGGUUUUGGCCAGGAAACAGCAUUUUGUUGUAUUGAGCUAUAGGAUUUAAUAACACUGUCCAUCUUGAUUCAUAUAAGACGUUCUAUAGUGCAUACCCAUGUGAUAAUACAUUUCUAUCCAUGUGAGAAUACAUUUUUAUCCAUGUGAGAAUACAUUUUUAUCCAUGUGAUAAACGUUUAUAUCCAUGUGAUAAAACAUUUAUAUCCAUGUGAUAAUACAUUAAUGCCUUUCUUUUUAAUAAGUUGGUUUCAGGAUUUAUUUUCUCAAAAUCUUUGGCAGGUUCUUGACAAAAAGAUAACAAUACAAUUGUAGUGAAAUAUAUCAGGAUUGAUAAAAAGUUUAGAUGAGUGAAAAACAUCCUGCCUCGAGCAGCAGGAAGGGAUGAAAUGGUUUCAUCUCCUGCAUCAGUUGUAACACUGUCGGACAGGGAAACAAUUUGCGAUUGUUUUCUUCAUAAGAGUGCUAUUCAGGUUCUUCAUAAGAGUGCUAUUCAGGAACAGCUGUAAAUAAAAAAGCUUUAAAACUUAGUCUCUCUGUGGAGGAAGUAAUGAAUAUAAAACGCCAUACACUGAUACCUUUCGUCCAGCAUAUUGUCCUCUACAGUGAUGGUGCCAUUAUGUGUCUACUGUUUUCCGGCCAUCACAUGCCAAGUUGUAAGAUGAGAUUUACUGUUAUUUGUGUUUACUGCAUAUUCUGAUAAGUGAGUUUUAUCAUUCCAUUGUGUGUGCACGUUGAUGGAUCAAAGCUCAGCGAUCUCACCAAUAAGAUGAAAUCAUUACAUGUAGCCAUGACCAUAGGGGGUGGUUGGGUAGCCUAGUUGUUAAAGCGUUUGCUCAUCAUGCCGAAGACCCGGGUUCGAUUCCCGUCAUGGGCACAAUGGUUGAAGCCCAUUUCUGGUGUCCCCCACCGUGAUAUUCCUGGAAUAUAUUGCUAAAAGUGGCGUAAAAUCAAACUCACUCACUCACUCAUGAUCAGAGACGGGUAGACUUGAUUUGGCUGUAUUUAUUCUGUGUUACCUUUGUUUAGUGAGAUAUUCCAUUAUGCUUUCCACUCGGCAGAAUGUGUAGUAGUUAACAGGCAUGUCGGGAUUUCCUGUUUGUUAAAUAGAGAGUAUUAUACCAGCAUGUGUGUCAUACUAAAUUUUACGAAACAAAUGUCGGAUUUCGUUUAUUUACUGAGCGAGAGAGAGCGAGGGUAAUACACAAAUUCUUACUCAAGUUUCGUGAAAUCAGUAUGACACAGAUACGAGUAAUAAUUUCUUUAUUGCCCUUUUUUUUCUUUUGCUUUUGGGCUUCUUGUAUGCACUGAUCAUGACACUAUCAUAGAAAACCACAAUUGUCAAAUGAGGUCCACAAUCUUCAGCUAUGACGUCACUCAGGCUUUAUGUUACAACAAGAGUUUGCCACUAAGGUGGCUAUAUCCCCCAACCCUGUUGCAGAAUUUAUGACAUAAUUAAAUCUAAACAAACCCUAACCUUUUUUAACCGAGGUGGAACUUGUCAUGGAAAGUGUAAAAAAAGAAGAGUUUGGAACCUAAGUCCAUCUUGUUGCCAUGGAAACGUAAAAAAUAAAAAAUUCUAAAAUUUCUAAAUAGCAAAAGGCACCAGUUCAGCAUGUACAGACCUGCAAAGUUUCAUGAAAAAAUAUUGAACGGUUUCUGAGUUAUGCUCCGGAAACGAAACGUGACGGACGGACGGACGGAGCCCGUUUCUAUAUCCCCCGCCAACUUACAUGUAGUUCUAAUUUGACGUCAUAUAUUGGAUGACGUUAUGUUUUAGUUAGAGGGGAGUGUCUAGUGAGUUGUUCCCCAUAGAUGAAGCUGGGCAAUGUUGAUAAACGCAGUGGCUGAACAAUCGCAUCCAAAAGAGUGAGAGACAUGACAAUCGCUGUUGGGAGAACAGAUACAGAUAAGCGACAUGAGGAUUGUGAGAAUAAGCGGGAAAUACCAAACAUAACCCACCUUUUUGUAAAAUGGACUUGUCCAACAUUUCCGAGGUCGGAUUCUAUACAGGGAGUUAUUAUUAUUAAAAUUUGGGUAGAUAUUCUGAAAGCUUGUACAUUUUAUCAACAUCCUUGAAGAGGCAGCACAUUAUGUUGAUAUCUCAUAUAAGAUGUCGUCAUUUGGAAAUACCCCAGAUGGUUAUAGUUUAAAAAAGGUAUCCAUGCAGUGAAAGCAUUUUCAGAUUUCGGAUUGCGUCGAUAAUACGAUUACUACUCCCUUGUUGUCAUCCACGUUUUCUGGUACAACCCUACACUACACUUGUGUAUUUGUCGUCAUUCACUUGAUGCUCAGUUAAUGAAUUUAUUACAGGUAAAAUGAGUGGUAGCACCACUCCGAAUACCUGACGAAGGUUCCCAGAGUGGGUGUUUAUCAUUCAGUAAAUCACCGCAAGGAGAACAAACCAUGUUAUGAAUUCGAUUAUUUCCGACCCUAUGGUAAAUGAACAGACACUAUGUUUGAGGACUGUAAUAAAUUGCUAUGAUUGUAUCGGACAUCAGUUGUUUUCUUUGUUGUGUUGCUGUGUCUGUUGGAGCUCAGGUUGACAUUGAAGGACGUAGUAAAGCUACUACCUUGAUGUUGUCAGUAUGUUUAUGCUGAAGUCCAUGAACACCAAGCAUAGCAAUGUCAGGAAUUAUUUGUCUGUGAGUACAAAUAUCAUCUUGUUGAAUGUCUGUUCUUCCUUUAUGGAUAUGUCGUAAAAUUAGAAUGUGUAAUAUGAAGAAUAUUCCACAUUCGUGGUCACAAUAUAAAUCUCGCUAUAAAUAUUAUUUUAUAUAUAAAAAACUCAUAUACAGUAUAUUUUAUGGUUUGUCAGAAGUUUUUCUAAAAUAAAAAAUUUAAAACAUU